CUCCUCUCUCUCUCCCUCUGUGAUAUUCAAAAUUUCAUUUUCUUCUUCUGCCAGGCUCUUUGCAUCCAACUCCGGCGACAUGCCGACGCCAAAGUAACAGUAACCAUGCCCACCUUUCUAGUACUUGAACUUAUUCUUGCAUGUCCAAUGCGACGUGCUUCUCCUUUCAACCUCAGUCGAUCACCACCUGCUUGAUAAAAUGCCUCAGGGAAGUUGGCCGCUUCAAUGUCUUUGGUUACUUGCUUCUCUGGGUAGAAUUUCUGGUGAUUUUCGGGUAGUGAGUUGAUUGGUAAUUUUUCUUUGACUGGAUAAGAUGUUUUGUAUGAAGAAAUUCAGCUAUCGGACAACUUCAGUUUGCCCAUCUGUUCUUUAUCUUCUACUUGCUAAUGCUAGUUGUAUUGUAGCUCGGAUAUCGGAAUCUCAUCUUCGAGCUUAUUCGAGUGCCAGGUCAGUUUGUGGGUUUCUCGGCUCUUCUUCUUUGGCCAAGUCAAAAGUCCGAGAUGAUAAACUUACACCUAAAGGAAGCUUCUUUUCUACUAUGGCGGGAACAAUCUUGGUCCAGGCUCGAGACCCGGCUAAGUUAACUUUGGAGAUACAGAAUGCAAUUGAUGAGCACAGACUAAGUGAUGCUUGGAAGUUGCAUGAGCGGCAUAUGCAGAUGGAAGGGUUUCCUAGGAAAUCCGUUAUGAAUGAGCUCGUAACGAGUUUCGUGGAAAGCUUUGAUGUUCAGUGGCUGGAGAAGGCGUACGGGCUGGUAGAACAUGCUAUUGAGAAAAGUAAACUGAAUUUGUUAGAGAAGGAAACGCUGAUUUAUCUGUCUUUUGGGCUUGCCAAAGCCGGAUUACCUAAUCCUGCGUCGACUGUUUUGAGAAAGAUGGUAGAGAUGGAACAGUUUCCCCCUGUUGCUGCCUGGUCUGCAAUCUUGGCUUACAUGUCUCGAACAGCUCAAGGGGCUUACCUUGCUGCAGAGUUGAUUCUCGAGAUAGGUUACCUAUUCCAAGAUAACAGGAUCGAUCCGCGUAAGAAGUGUAAUGCACCUUUGAUUGCUAUGAAGCCUAAUACUACUGCUUUCAAUGUCGCUUUGGCUGGCUGUCUCAUAUUUGGGACAACUAGGAAAGCCGAGCAGAUCCUUGACAUGAUGCCUCGAGUUGGUGUCAAAAUGGACGCUAACUUGUUGAUAUUAAUGGCACAAGUAUAUGAGAGAAAUGGACGAAGAGAUGAGCUUACGAAACUUCAACGAUACAUAGAUGAAGCCCACAACCUUACCGAUAUCCAGUAUCGGCAAUUCUACAACUGCUUGUUGACUUGCCAUUUGAAAUUCGGGGAUCUAGAUUCUGCAUCCAACAUGGUCUUGGAAAUGCUAAGGAAGGCAAAAGCAGCACGAAGUUCUCUUGCAGUAGCAACACUGGUAUUUGAUGCUGCUGGAAAGGGCAACAAGUCUCUUGGACCGGGAUCUCUGUCCGGUAAAAGUUCAAGCUAUGUAGAAUCAAAUGGUUAUGAAGAUAAUGGUUUAAGUAGCCCGUUAGUAUCUUAUGAUGAGUUUUCUAGGGACAGAAAUUUCUUGAGACUUGAGACUGAUGCAAAGGAAGUACUUGGUGCAGUGUUAGCUAAGUUGCAGAGCCAAAUCAAAUUGGUAACAACUGACCGCGGUAUCCUCCAGCCAACUGAAAAAAUUUUCGUGAAAUUAGUCAAGGCGUUUCUGGAAGCAGACAAGACCAAGGAUUUGGCAGAGUUUCUUAUAAAGGCCGACAAAGAAGAUUCCCCAGCAUCCAAUGACGAUUCAGCCUUGGUUCAUGUAAUUAAUUCGUGCAUAUCACUUGGAUGGUUAGACAAGGCGCAUGACCUUCUCGAUGAGAUGUUUUUGGCUGGUGUAAGAACCGGUUCAGCUGUAUACUCCUCUCUUUUAAAAGCAUAUUGUCAAGCAAAGCAAGCGGGAAAUGCAGCAUCACUUUUAAGAGAUGCCCGUAAAGCCGGGAUCCAGCUAGACUCAAGCUCUUAUGAGGCAUUGAUCCAAUCGAGGGUUAUUCAAAAUGAUACACAGGGAGCCCUCCAUUUGUACAGAGAGAUGAAGGAGGCUAAGAUACCAAAAGCUGGCCAUCAGGAGUUCGAGAGGCUAGUACAUGAAUGUGCAGGGGACGGUGAACCUAAGUUGAUGGUAAAGCUCUUGCAGGAAAUCAAGGAAGGGCAGAAAUCCGAUGCCGGGGUUCACGACUGGAACAACGUAAUCCAUUUCUUCUGCAAGAAGAGACUCAUGCAAGACGCUGAGAAGGCGCUGACGAAGAUGAGAAGCCUCGGGUACACCCCAAAUGCACAAACAUUCCAUUCUAUGGUAACUGGUUAUGCUGCUGUAGGAGGAAAGUAUACAGAAGUGACCGAGUUGUGGGGUGAGAUGAAGUCCAUUGCUGCUGCCACCUCAAUGAAAUUCGACCAGGAGCUCCUGGAUUCGGUUCUUUACACCUUCGUGAGGGGCGGAUUUUUCAGCCGAGCAAAUGAAGUUGUGGAGAUGAUGGAGAAAGGGAAGAUGUUUGUCGACAAAUACAAGUACCGGACGCUUUUCUUGAAGUACCAUAGAACAAGUUACAAAGGCAAGGCUCCAAAAUUCCAGACAGAAUCCCAACAUAAAAAGAGGGAGGCUGCAUUGGCGUUUAAGAAUUGGGUUGGAGUUUGUUGAAGAGAAUGCCUUUAUUUGCUUCAUACAUGCCUCAAUUUUAGCCUAAUCAAGUUAAUAAAGUAUGAUUUGCUUGCUUA